AUGUUGUACACGGAGCUGCUGCGGUUGUGGGAUGAAGCAGUGAAGGCAGUGGAUGCCAGAGACUGGCAGGGAGCCCUGUCUAAACUGAACCAGAUCACUGAACCUACCUCCCGUACUCUGUUUCUGACUGCCUCUGCUCACCUUGCCCUAGGGCAGCUGGAGCCUGCCAUCCAGGCUUUAGACCAGACCAUAGCCAAGGAUGAGCGACUUGCAGUUGGCUUUUUCCAAAGAUCUGGAACACUCAUAAUGGCUAGCAGGCUGGAGGAGGCUCUGAAUGACUGUAUCUCGGCUCAGAAACACAUGAGAGGGAACGUGGUCAUUGACUACAGACAGCUGGGGCUACGCUACAAGCUCUACAGCUGGCAGGUCUUGUAUAACGCAGCAGCUGUCCACUCCAGGUUGAACCAGUUGGACAAAGCCAGAGACAUCCUGCUCUCAGCCUCCCAGGAGAAAGGAGGAGGGGGGCGAGGACUGGAAGUGGCUUUACACAGUAUCUCUAAGGGAGAGGUGCUGCCCGUCCUCCUGGUGCCAGAGGGAGAGGUGUUCCGGCCCAGGAAACAGGACGUAGAACAGCUGGGACAGAGAGACUUCCUGGGCAAACCAAUGAAACCGGGAUACUACGAGCCCAAGGUGGAUAGAGUGAAGGAUUCUCGCUACAUGCGUCUGCGUAACCCCUACAUGUCCCAAGCCCCUGGGCAGCUGACGGUGCCUGGGGGAGCCAUAGUGUUUCUUUUCAGUGAUGCAGACAGAGAUGGACUGGCCAUGGUCAUACAUGAUGGACAGAAAGGACUUGUCCCCAUGACCCUGCUGGACCCAGUGGAUGUCAACAAGUCCAAAGGCAGAAACAAAAAUAAAAGUAUUCCCAGUGGGAUCCCCCUCCCACCGGGUCUCAAGCCGCCCACUCGCCCACAGAGCCAGCUUAGCCACGAAGAACCUCCACAGGAGAGGCCUGAUAGAGAGGCAUCUCCACCCUCCUACCUACCAACCACCUCCACCCCGCCACCCAGGUACCCAUCCACGGUGGACAGUCCUACUGAGCUGACUGAGGACCCUCUGGCCAACCGUACCUUUCUCUACCAGAUGGUGGCACUGUAUGACUAUGCAGCUGAGGGACCAGAGGAUUUGGAGUUCAGUGAGGGAGACACUAUUGACAUUCUCGGUGAAGUCAAUGAAGAGUGGCUGGAGGGUCACUGUGCUGGUAACAUUGGCAUCUUCCCCAGCCUUUUUGCCUACCGGGAAGGAGAGGCCCCCUCAACCAUCGAUCGGAUGACCAUGUUGCUAUCAAACAAGGAAUAG